AAACUGACUAUUCACUAAAGCCUAUCCACCCUUCUCGCAUGGCAUCCCCAACCAUUCUUACAAAGUCAACCCCUUGGCUUGGCUUGCCUUCUUCCUCCGUAAUCCAACAAAACGCAAACGCUCCUAAACAUAACGGCACACGAUGGAAGACGAAACAACCGACAGCCGGAACAAGGCCAGACUGGCCAUACUUGAGCUUGCCAACAUGAUCAGCGUUCCUAUGUCUCUAAACGCUGUCGUACGUCUCAAUGUUGCGGAUGCCAUCUGGCAAGGUGGUGUGAACGCUCCUCUCUCCGCCUCUCAGAUCCUCGAACGUGUCCUCCCUUCCGGCGCUGGAGAUCCUGAAAACUUACAACGGAUCCUCCGCAUGCUCUCCAGCUACGGCGUCUUUGCCGAGCACCUCAGCGACGCUGAUGCUUCUGAACGAAAAUAUAGUCUCACUGAAACCGGGAAGACUCUUGCCACUGAUUCUCAAGGUCUAUCCUACGCUCCUUACGUCCUCCAACAUCAUCAGGACGCACUGAUGAGAGCGUGGCCACUGGUGCACGAGGCGGUAGUGGAUUCAACCUCAGAGCCGUUCGUGAAGGCGAACGGCGAAGCAGCGUACAGUUAUUAUGGCAAGAAGCCAGAAAUGAACGGAUUGAUGCUGAAGGCAAUGUCUGGGGUAUCUGUGCCAUUCAUGAAAGCUGUUUUGGAGGGUUAUAAUGGAUUUGAUGGUAUAAAGCGAUUGGUUGAUGUGGGUGGGAGUGCAGGGGAUUGCCUGAGGAUGAUCUUACAGAAACACCCCAAUGUCGUUGAAGGGAUCAACUUCGAUUUGCCUGAGGUUGUUGCCAAGGCACCAAGUAUCCCGGGUGUGACACAUGUUGGUGGUGACAUGUUUAAGUCCAUUCCUGGCGGUGAUGCUAUCUUCAUGAAGUGGAUCUUAACAACAUGGACAGAUGAAGAAUGCAAGGUGAUAAUGGAGAAUUGUUACAAGGCACUGCUGGUGGGAGGAAAAUUAAUAGCAUGUGAACCGGUGUUGCCUGAAAAAACGGAUGAUACUCACAGGACUCGAGCACUAUUGGAAGGAGACAUCUUUGUUAUGACGAUUUACAGAGCUAAAGGAAAACAUAGAACUGAACAAGAGUUUAAGAAGCUUGGUCUUUCUGCAGGCUUCCCUCAUUUCAAACCAUUCUAUUUUGAUUAUUUCUACACUGUUUUAGAGUUUCAGAAAUAAUUUAAACAGUUUUUCUGCCAUUGUAACUCUACUUCAAAUGGUUGAAUACAAACUACUACCUAUAUCAGAGUUUCUUUUCCAAUAAAA